GUUAAUAAGAAAAUAAGGGGUUUUAGGUCGAAGUAAGAGAGAGGGGGUUUUUGGUGUCGCAGAAAGGGAAGAAAUGGGAAACGAGAGCAAGACUAGUGGGUUCAGAGGACGAAUCGAUCGCUACCUCUACAGUGGCGAGAAGAAGCACGUUUUUGCUGGGAUCGCCAUCAUCAGCGUCGUCUUCGCUAUUCCAUGGUAUCUCAUGAACCGUGGAGCAAAGCAUCGAUCCCAUCAAGAUUACUUGGAAAAGGCUGAUAAAGCACGGAGUGAAAGACUUUCUUCGGGUUCAUCUUUGACUAAAUAAUUGAUGAAAGCUUUCUAUCUUCCAAUAUCUAUAUAAAGGUGAUACUAUCUGCUGUUGGCAUGCUGCAUAUUUGUUUUUGUUUCCGAUAUAAUUUUAGAACAAAAUGUACUCGUCCAUAAAGGAUAGUUACUGAAGCUCCAUUAUGGUGAACUUUUGUUUUUCGCCUUAUUAUUAAGGUACCAAAUGUUUCUUGGAUAAAAACUCAAAAAGUGUCUGGACUUGGGAGUUGA